AUGGUCGCUGGCGGUGGAGUUGUUUCUGCGUCCGGCAUGGAUGUGUACCGGGCGCUGCCAAACAACACAAACGCCAACUGGCUCAAGGACAGGGGCCUUCGGCGCCUGAAUUUCGGCCUCAUACUUAUGUUUGCCUCCGCUGCAGCAAAUGGGUAUGACGCUGCUUUGAUGAAUGGGCUCCUGACCCUCCCUAUGUUUGCAAAGAAUGUCGGCGAGAAUAUAAGCUCGAACAUAGAGGGCCUGAUCAUUUCAGGGAUUUCCCUAGGAGGCACGAUCACCUUUAUACCGGCUUCGUACUUCGCGGAUUACUUCGGCCGCAAAAUGUCCGUCGCACUUGGAUCGGCCAUCAUGAUUGUCGCGAGUGUGAUCCAGGCGGCCACCAUCGGUCGCUGGGCUUUCUUUGGAACGAGAAUCGCGAUGGGGGUUGGCCUGGGUUUUGCACAGACAGCUGCUCCGCCGUUGACGACUGAGAUAGCUCACCCACGGCAUCGGGGCGUGGUGACGGCCAUCUUUCAGGCUACUUGGUACUGGGGCGCGAUUCUGGCUGCUGCGGUGUGCUUGGGGACGCUCUAUGUUGAGGAUAGCACCUGGUCCUGGCGGGUUCCUUGCCUUGUCCAGUGUUUCUUCCCGGCGGUACAGUUGCUCGGACUGAUUAUCGUUCCGGAAAGCCCGCGGUGGCUCGUGUCGAAGGACCGGCGCGACGAGGCCUUGCAAAUUCUCGCCCGCUACCAUGGGAAUGGGGACACGUCCGAUCCCUUGGUUCAGUUCGAAUUCUCUGAAAUCUGUGGCGCAAUCGAUCUAGAGAACUCAGCCGCCCAUAAAAGUGGCUGGUCGGCAUUCAUCGCGACCAAAGGAGCUCGGCAUCGCCUAGCAAUUUGUCUCCUGGUCGGGGUGAUGAUCCAGUGGGCAGGUAAUGGUGUCAUCUCUUAUUAUCUCGCACCAAUUCUGCGAUCCGUUGGCAUCACCAAUCCCACGCAGCAAUCCGCCAUUAACCUGGGCCUUCAGGCGUGGAACGCAGUCUGUGCCGCCGGAGGUGCCGUUGCCGCCGAGAAAUACGGCCGACGCCCGCUCUGGAUGCUCUCGACGGUGCUGAUGCUGCUCUUCUUUUCCCUGGCGACUGCCCUGUCCGCCGUGUUCGAUAAAUCGGCCAUCCAGGCGGCUGGCAGCGCGGUCGUCGCAUUCCUCUAUCUGUUCUACGGCGCCUAUGAUAUCGCCUAUACCCCACUCUCCAUUGCGUACCCGGUCGAGAUCAUGCCGUUCUACCUGCGCACCAAGGGCUUGUCGCUAAGCCUAACGGCGCAGUUUGCCGCGGGCUUCUUCAACCAGUUCGUGAACCCCAUUGCUCUCGGUGCGAUCCAGUGGAAGUUCUAUUUGGUGUACCUUGGUCUGCUGGUCAGUUUCGUGGGGAUUGUGUACUUUGUGUUUCCUGAGACCAAGGGCCACACGCUUGAAGAGAUUGCCGUCAUCUUCGACGGCCCGGGGGCAGAGACGGAGAUCCAGCGGGAUCUGGCUGCUGUCAUUGCGUUAGGGGGGGAUGUUAAAGCUCCUCUGAGGGAGGAGUUGGAACACGCUCCAUAA